AUGGAGGAUAAAGAGGGAUUAGCCAAAGAGAUAGUUACUAUUUCUGAAUUCUGCAAGAAAUAUAGAAUCUCAAACACUAGGAGAGAAAAGUUUGGAUUAAAUAAUGGUCCAAUUUCUUCAAUUAGUGAAGAAGAAUUUAAACAAAUAAUGUCUUCAUGUGGUUUAAAGGACAGCGAUAGUGGUCUCAAAAGGAAUAGUGACUGUAUGGAUAUUGAACCAUUUAAAAAUAGCAGUUCUAGCACUACUUUUCAAACUAGCAAAAAAUGGUGUACUUUCCCUCAAUACCAAUGGCCUGUAUUACAAAAGUCUAAUAAAAAUAUAGAUGUAUCCUUUCCUAUGAUACCUGAAAGUGAGUUACAGAUCCUACAUAGUGAUACCUGUGUUGAUACAAUGGAGUUUUUCUUUAAAGAUAAUCCUCAAAAUGUUUUAAUAUCUACUGAUUCUAUUGAGGAAACUUACAACGACAAUAAUGCCAAUUGCACUACUUUACUUCUUUCUUCAGAGAGUCCACUUGCGAAGGUUCAAAUCCAAGAGUCCAAGAGUGAAUAUUUCAAUAAUGCUAACAUCCAACCAACUUAUGGAAUUAUAAAUAGUGAUUCAUCUUUGUUUAUCUACAAUAGCAAUAAUAAUAACAAUAACAAUAACAAUAACAAUAACAAGAGCUACAAGGAUAGUAGUCCACCAUUGAUAUUACAUGAUGAUAGUUCAAUUAAUGAAUUUUAA